AUGCGGCAGCACCCGGCCAUCAAAGGCGCCCGCCUGAUCCUGCGGAAGCUCUCCUCUACUACCGACAUCCUCGGCCUGGAGGGUCACGAGGCCAGUCUGCCCUGCGACACGGUCCCCCCGCCAGAUGAUACCACUCUGAUCGUACUCUGGUACAGAGACGGAUCCGACGCGCCCGUCUACAGUUACGAUUUUCGGAAUCGGGAGGAGUCUAGCCGGCGGUGGCACAACACGUCCGUGUUCGGCUCGCGGGUGGACUUUGUGCCCGGCCGGCGGCCGGCCGUGCUCACCCUGAGGGACCUCGGUCCCGCCGACCAGGCCAUCUACAAGUGCAGGGUCGACUUCCAGCACUCGCGCACUCGGAAUGCCCUGGUCAACCUGACCGUUAUCACGGCUCCCGAGUAUGUGCGGAUCGUGAACCCUCGGGGACGCAUUCUUCACACAGUUGCUGGUCCGUUCAGCGAAGGAGACCGCCUGGAGCUGAUCUGCCGCGUCAAGGGAGGCUCUCCGCGUCCGGCUGUGACCUGGAAGUCCGGUGGCGCGGUGCUACCGGUACCGUACCAGCCCCAGGGCGAGUACACGGUCAGCCAGUACAGCGUGGAGGCGCUGGACAGGUCGGACCUCCACCGGAUGGUCACCUGUCUGGCGUCCAACACCAACCUGACGGCGCCGGCCACCAGCUCCGUCAUGAUCGACAUGAACUUCGCUCCGCUGAGCGUGUCCAUCCUGGGCAAGGGCGAGCCGCUGUCGGCCGGUCGUCGCUACCCGCUCGUGUGUCAGUGUGUCGGCUCCCGUCCUCCGGCCGCCAUCACCUGGCUCCUGGGCAGCUCACGGAUGGCCACCGCCCCCGGCACGACAAUUCACCAGGGCAACAUUACCAUGUCGACGCUGGAGUUGACGCCGUCCCCGUCCAACAACGGCCAGCAGCUCUCCUGCCGAUGUGACAACCCGGUCCUGGCCACCCCGGCACUGCGCGACUCCUGGACACUGGCAGUGCAUUAUGCUCCGGUGGUCAGUCUGACAAUGGGCAGCUCUCUGGACCAAGACAGGAUCAAGGAAGGCGACGAUGUCUACUUCGAGUGCAGCAUCAGGGCCAACCCGCCCGUGUACAAAACCGAGUGGAGACACAAUAACCGAGUCCUGCUGCACAGCGUGAGGGACAACAUCAUCAUCAGCAACUACAGCUUGGUGCUGCAGGACGUCAAGCGCUUCAGCUCUGGAGUCUACCUGUGCGUCGGCAGCAACGCCCAGGGCAGCGUGGACAGCAACCCCGUAUUCCUUGACGUCAAAUUCCCUCCCGUCUGCCAGCCAGGUCUUCAACACAUUCACGGCGUCAGCAAACGCGAGACGGCGUACGUGCAGUGCAGCGUCACGGCCAACCCUUCCGCCGGCGUGCGCUUCCACUGGACGUUCAACAACACGUCCGAGUGGCGCGAGCUGGACAGCCGCCUGGUGAACAGCAGUCAGACGCGCAGCACGCUCCGCUACCGGCCGCGCACCGAGAUGGACUACGGCACCGUCUUCUGCUGGGCCACCAACGACAUCGGACGCAUGGCCAGACCCUGCGUCUUCCACAUCAUCGCAGCAGGUCCUCCGGACCCACUCUUCAACUGCAGCCUCACUCAGCGGACGGCCACCGCUGUGACCGUCCGGUGCCUGGAGGCCUUCGACGGCGGUCUCGUGCAACGUUUUCUGCUGGCCGUGUUCAGCUAUGACGACCAGCUGGUGUACAACAAGACCUCGUCGCAGCCCGAGUGGCACGUGGAGGGUCUCGUCCCCACACAGCGGUACCGCAUCCUGGCGCUGUCUGAGAACGACAAGGGCAGGAGUGCCACCGUGACAAUCCCGAUGAGCCCCCUCUCCGGUCCCGAGACACACGUCGAAAAGGUUCAAGAUUUCACGCUGGCUGAGAUGCAGCCGGGCCCGACAGCACGCUCCCCUCUCCUGGCCAUCGCUCUCGGGGGGCUCGGCUCGGUGGCCCUGCUGCUGGCGGCCGCUGCCGUCGUGACCUUGACCCGGCGCAGAGGUCGCCGCCAGAGGUCUCUGCUGGCGCCGCGCGCUGCCUCCGCUACUCCGCCGGACUCCGGUCGCAGCCCCGACCUCGUGCCUGAUACUACCGGUCCUGAUCAGGAGGUGUAUCGCAUUCCUCCGGACAUCCCGGCUCUACCGGCGGGCGCUCGGAGCGCGGCAGUGGCCGGCCAGCGCGUCAGGACGCACCCAGACACUGACCACCUGCCGCUGAGGGUGUUCGUGCCGCACCAUCACCAGCUGUAUCAUCACCAUCACCACCAUCACCAUCACCAGCCGAUCCGACACGCCGCCGGCCAUACGGCUGGGCCGUUCUGCUCUGCGACGCUGCCGCCCCCUCACCGAAGACUUCCUCCUCCCGGUUGGGCUCAGAGCGCGUGCGCAACACUGGACCGUCGCCGUGCACACGGGCCGCCGUCACAGCGCCUAGAGACCGGCCGGCCGCCCGAAUCCACCCACUCACACCUGAUUGGUGCUCAGCAGUACCAACAGAGCGUGCUGAUUGGCUACGGCCCCGAGCAGAGCGCACUGAUUGGCUACGGCCCCAACGAGAGCGCCCUCUGACCGGUCAAGGCCAUUGGCCGAGCGGCUGUGGAGUGCUGCCAUUGAUCGGGAAAUAUCGGUCGCUGUGUGAUCAGUGAUUGUUGUCAGAAAUCAUGCCUUCAUGUGUCCUCGUUGCUCAUGAACAUUGAAUAGCAAACGACACUGAAUAUACUCAAGGAAUAGAUGAAUGUCGUGAUACAUUUUUCAGUUUAUUAUAUUUUAUUGUGUGUGCCAAUUGUUUGCUUAUCGACGUUUAUGUAGGUGUGAUAUCGCCCCUACCUGCAAAAGAGUCACAUGUUAAUCAUUUUAUUUUUGUCUAGCCCCUUCAUUACGAAUGGUACCUUACCUUUUUUUUCAGUUUAUUUAUUGUUUCCCGAUUAUUGGUCUAUUGUAAUAAACUACUUAGAACAGGUAAUGUGACUGAGAAUUAUUUAUGACGUCAGCGAUUUCAGAUGUUUCACGUUAUGCAUGGUGUUCGUAAUGUUGUGAGUAAAAACAAAUGUUGUAUGAUGUAAAUAUACUGUCACUACAUAUAGAA